CAACCGGCACAAUCAGACCAAAUGAAGGAGACGCCACCUCAACUAACAGCCAAUCUGAACCAGGAUGCCGAUCCACCUGCUCCAUCGGCACCAAUGCAAUGCAACCUCCCAGACAUGGAGACCUUCGCGCCUCCAUCCUGUCAAACAUUCUCUCCUCCACAGCGCAUCUGCGCUACACCUGAGACACCCCGACGUGGGCCCACAACCGACACCAGAGACGAAGUUGCAGCUGCAGUUGAGCAUCCAGUCAUUGCCGAGAGUACCGCCCAUAUUCUUUUAUGGCAUCGGCAGGGAUGCUCGACUCCAUCCGCAAAUCCCUUCAUAGCACCAUCUUAUGCCAUCACAAUUGCCACAUUUCUCACUCUGAAAGUGACAGUUGUAAAGGAGUACACAGCAAUCAGUGUUUUGUCAAAAGGGAAAUGA